GGCAGCGGUGACUGCAGUUCAAUGAAGCCGCCAGUUGGACAAAUAGGGCUGGGCCACCGAAGUUGUGACAAUUUACGAAGCUUUUUAAUUACCUGGUAGUCGAUAACAAGGAUAUUUACUCAGCAAGUAUGGACAGAAACGUCAUUUUUCUCCUUUUAGUGGAUUAAAGAGGAUAUUUUCCAGCUGAUAACUUCCUAGACGUGGAGUUUCAUGUGUUUAGUGACGUUUUUGUUACCUUUAAAACUGACCUAUACUGUGUGAGAAUGAUUUUUGCUAAUACUGGAAACCCGCUAAGGACUUCGUAUCGAAAACAGCCACACCCCAUGGCUCCGCCCAGUCCGAGCACCAACAACAUCAGCAGCACUGGAGGCUGGGACCAACUCAGCAAGACAAACCUCUACAUCCGAGGCCUUCUGCCUUCAACCACAGACCAAGACCUGGUCAAGCUGUGUCAGCCGUAUGGUAAAAUAGUAUCGACGAAAGCCAUCAUGGACAAGACUACAAAUAAGUGUAAAGGAUAUGGUUUUGUAGACUUCGACAGCCCCGCUGCAGCUCAGAAGGCCGUGGCUGCCCUGAAGAGCACCGGAGUCCAAGCUCAGAUGGCAAAGCAACAAGAACAAGACCCAACAAAUCUAUACAUCUCCAACUUGCCGUUGUCUAUGGAUGAGCAAGAGCUGGAGAAUAUGUUGAAGCAUUUCGGCCAAGUUAUAUCCACGCGCAUCUUAAGGGACUCGGGUGGAGUGAGCAGAGGAGUGGGCUUUGCAAGGAUGGAAUCGACAGAAAAAUGUGAGGCAGUGAUUUCUCACUUUAAUGGAAAGUUCAUCAAAACACCUGCAGGUGUACCAGCACCUCCUGAACCGCUGUUGUGUAAGUUUGCCGAUGGAGGACAGAAAAAGAGGCAAAGUCAAAAUAAAUUUGGUCAGAAUGGCCGCGCCUGGGCGAGAGACAGUGACUCCAGACUGGCUGGAAUGACCCUGACAUAUGACCCCAGCACAGCUGCUAUGCAAAACGGAUUUUUCCCUGCUCCAUAUAUCUCAAGUAGGAUGAUCACUCAAACAUCCAUGUCUCCCUACAUGUCUCCAGUUUCAGCGUAUCAGAUGCAGAACGCUUCUUGGAUGGCUCAUCAACCCUACAUCAUGCAGCAUCCUGGUGCUGUGCUAUCGCCCUCUAUUGACCCAUCUGUGUCACUGCAGCCUACUUCCAUGAUGACCCCUCUCGCACAGCAGAUGAAUCACCUCACACUAGGUGGUGCAGGAACGUUUAUGGCUGCUAACACAGCUGUGCAAGGCGGAUAUAUCCCACAGUACGCACACAUGCACACAUCUGUUCCUGUGGAGGAAAACAGCGGGCAGUCACAAGUAGACUCAUCUGGCAACCAUUCCCCGUAUUCCUACCAACAAACCAAGUAGGGCCGAGGUAACAGCUGGACAACCGUGUCUACAGACCCAGUGGACUUUUAAGGAAUUUUUACUUUUUUUUUCUGCAGGUUUUGCAAAUCAGUGACACUUUUCUCCUGGCUUCAUUUUCAGAGAUUUUAUCUGACGUCAUUAAAUGAUUCAUAUACUAUUUAAAACAAAAAUGUUUUAUUUUCAUACUAGAAAAUGUUUUAUUUUUACAAGGAUUUGCCACAGAAUGCAGUAAAUAACCAUGUAACUAGUUUUAGUAAAUAUGUCUUGUUUGUUUUCCCCCCGAAACUGUUUUUGUUCUCUGUGUGUGUGUGUGUGUGUGUGUGUGUGUGUGUGUUAUGUUGUUUUGCUGUAAAUGGUUUUCCUUUGUUUUAAUUUCAGAAUGAUUUUGCUGUUUUUUUUUUUUUUUUUUUUGCUGUUUGACUAAAAUUUGCCUUAAUAGUUUUAAUGAAACACCAGAAUGUCAUAAAAAACCUGACAUUUAAAAAGAUAAUUACAUUUUUAAACUGUUUGUUUCCCAAGAUGAAAGGAAACUUAGACCAACAUUUAGGACAAAAGGUUAUUGUGAUUGUGUGUGUUUUUUAGGUAAAUAUACCACAUUUGUGGUCAGACAUCUUCAAGGAGAUAAUUUCGUAAUCCUGCCUUUUCAAAUGUUAGCGUUUUAGUGUUUAAAUUUUGUGGGUUAAGUAAGUUUGGGAAUUUUUUUACAGGGUUCACCUUUUUGCUUUUAUGUUAUAUUUGUUAUUUUAAUGGGAAAUAGUUUCUAUUUUAUUCAAAAAACAUUGAAACAGGAAAAAAACUGUUGCAUGAUUGAGAAAACAAAUGAAGGUUUUAGUUUAGGGUAAUUUAGAUAAACUUCUUACGUUCACGCCUAACUCUGUUGAUCGUAAACAAACCAUAUUCACCAAAGACUCAUCCUAAAAACUGGCAUCGUUUGACUCGUUCACCAGGAAGUAAGUGAUUCCGCAAACUUCUGCAGUUUUUGGAAAAUGUGCCUUUUUGUAAAUGUGCAGUUUUCUUAGAUUUUAGUAGCAAACACGAGCAAAGGGAAGGUUUCCAACAAGUGCCACACACAAUUUCUCAUUGCAAGAAAAACUACAAAAAUAUCAAAGAGCAGAGCGGUCUAAAACAUGAUGCUUAAUAAUUAGUAAACAUUUGAUGGUGUUCUCCGCUGAUCUGAUCAGACCAGUAAUCUACCUCAGAGUUUUUGUUCUGCUUUUAUUAAGUCGUGUUAGCAAGUCCAGUCCACCCCUCCAGACCAAAUACCCCACUCAGGAGCUGGCUACACACACAUAUUAAUUUUCCUCAGUUUAUGUUUGCAUUUUGUUGCCCUAACCAGGGGUAGCGAUGCGUUUCUUUUGUGUUUUGUUGCCUUGAUUUAAUUCCAGAGGCUGAUCUAAAAUCAUCUAAGACCUACAGCCAAGCUUUAUGUUAUGUUAAAAUGGUUUCUUUCUGUUUUGGAUCGGUGUAAAGUAACAUAUUCUGUGGGAUGUGCAGGAAAUGUAAAGGCCACAAUACUUGAUUUGUGUGUAAUGCCUGGGACUGACGAGUGAUACUGUCCUCAUGAGGUUUAUGCUGCUAAGUGGUGUCUGAACCAAGUGCCAUAAUCUGGGUCAAACAUCAGCUCAGAAAUGUUACCAUCACCUUGAACAUUCAGUAAGUUUUGUGGAAAUGUUCUAACUUAUGAAGAUUUUUGUACAGACAGCUUAAGGAAAUAAGAGAUUUUCAAAGAGCUACGAGAAAGUGUCUGUUUUUUUGUGCCACAAUUACCAAAGGUAACUCUGUGUACAGUUUAAGAAAUCAGUUCCCCCCCCCCCCCCCCCCCUUGGUGAUGUUUGUUUUGAAGCUGAAAUGUUUUUUUUUUCCUUUAGAUUGUCACCAAAAGUUUGUUCUGUUAAUUUCUUGAUAUUUUUGAAUAAAAACAAACACAUUUUUAGGUCAUAA